GCCCGGCGCCCGGGACUGGAGCGCGCCCCCAUGGAGGCGCCCGGGCUGGCCAAAGCGGCCGCGGCAGACCCUGACCCUCCAGAGAGCCUGGGGGAGACCCCCGACGGGGCGCCCGCGCAGGUGACGGGCUCCGACGCCCCCUCGCCCGAGGCGUCCGCCUAUCGGCUGCAGGACUUCGAGACGCUGGCCACCGUGGGCACAGGGACGUUCGGGCGGGUGCAGCUGGUCCGGCAGAAGACGGCCAAGUGCUUUUUCGCGCUGAAGGUCAUGAGCAUCCCGGACGUGAUCCGACUGAAGCAGGAGCAGCAUGUGCACAACGAGAAGUCGGUGCUGAAGGAAGUCAGCCACCCAUUCCUGGUUAAGCUGUUCUGGACGUGGCACGAUGACCGCUUCCUCUACAUGCUGAUGGAGUUCGUGCCCGGCGGCGAGCUGUUCAGCUACCUGCGGAACCGCGGCCGCUUCUCCAGCAACGCGGGGCUCUUCUACUCGGCGGAGAUCGUCUGCGCCAUCGAGUACCUGCACUCCAAGGAGAUCGUCUACCGGGACUUGAAGCCGGAGAACAUCCUGCUGGACAGGGACGGGCACGUCAAGCUCACCGACUUUGGGUUCGCCAAGAAGCUGGUGGACAAGACGUGGACUCUCUGCGGGACCCCCGAGUACCUGGCCCCGGAGGUCAUCCAGAGCAAGGGCCACGGGAGAGCCGUGGACUGGUGGGCACUGGGCAUCCUCAUAUUUGAGAUGCUCUCAGGGUUUCCUCCGUUUUUUGAUGACAACCCGUUUGGCAUCUAUCAGAAAAUUCUUGCCGGCAAAAUUGAUUUCCCCAGACACUUGGAUUUCAAUGUCAAAGACCUCAUUAAGAGACUUCUUGUGGUUGACAGGACAAGGCGGCUCGGGAACAUGAAGAACGGCGCUGACGACGUGAAGCGUCAUCGUUGGUUCCGGAUGGUGGACUGGGAAGCUGUCCCACAGAGAAAACUCAAGCCCCCGAUCGUGCCCAAAGUGUGUGGCGAAGGCGAUACCUCCAACUUCGAAGCGUACGCUGAGAAUGACUGGAACACAGGCCCUGCGGUGUCUCCCAAAGAUUUGGAAGUCUUCAAGAAUUUCUGAGGACGGCCGGCCUCAGCUGGAAGACACGGGAUGGCGUGAGCGUGCCUGUGAGAACGGGGUCCAGCUGCGCCGCCUCGGAGACACGCUGUGGAUGUGCCUGGGAUCAGACCCCGAUUGUACCCACCCCCGUAUCUAUGUAAAGGGAUUGGCAUGCACACUGGACAUUCACGGACCUCACGUUAUCGAAGCAACUGGAAGUCGACGGCACAGUAGGACGUCUGGGAAAAUCGUGCGGUUGUAGAUGCUACCUUGUCUUUCGUGCGGGUUCUUACUGUGAUGAUUACCUUGGUUUCCUCAGAGACUCAGCUUUCUAGGUUCGACCUGAGCGUGCUUGGUUAGAACCACAGGUUGUGUGUGCGUGCGUGCGUGUGUGUGUGUCAAAGACCGUAAGACAAAAACCGUGGAGACACUGUUCAGACUUGGCAGAGCCGAUGAUUUUUCGUUUCCCCGUUUCUUUGUCAAGAAACUGUUCUCUUGGGAGCGCAGCCUAAAAAGGAUGACGUGUGCAUUUGUUUAAUCAUGUCCUAUGCGUUUGGGAAGAAAAUGUCCUGGGACACCGCGUGCAACAUCUUGAACGCUUCCUAUCUGGUGACGGGAGGUCUUCAGACCAACAGAAAGGGAAAGGGACUUCGGGUUUGGAUUGUAGCCCAAGAAUAAUCUGUGACCAUGAUAGUUGUUCAGGCAAUGGAACACAGUCAAGAUAUCUUUUGGAUCCCCCCGUUUCACGUGGCAUACGGGGAAGGCUGCCUAUAAAAAUUCUGAAAUGUGCUCCCCCACAGCUACCAGGUGACUCAAUAUUGGCUCCAUUGCACGGAUCCCGUUCAGUCAGAGAUUUCCUCUUCCUUUUGGAUGGUCUAUGCGAUGUCAGCACUGGACGGAGGCAUAGGAACGUCACGUGUUCUGGCUCAGUUUCUUCUGUCCUUGUCCCGGUCACGUUGAGUGUGCCCCGCACACUGUGGUCCCGUACACCGGGCAGGUUCGCGUGAGGUCAGGUGGGUGGGAUGUCUUCUCUUCGGAGCUGAUUAUGAAGACACCGUGAAAGGCGCUCUGCCCACCUUGGCCCUCAGGGCCGACUCCGUGAAAGCUGGAGGUAGGGUGCCCGCCCUGCGCGUGCGGCUCGAUGCCGGCCUUCCCCCAAAGCCAGGGCACUGGUAGAAGUCCUCGAUGGCCGUGCUGUGCACAGUUUGUUUUCUUCUCUACUCUUCUGCUUCGCGAUUGUGGACGUGGCUGGGAAAACGCGAGCAAGCUGCCCAUGCGGCGUCGACGCGGAGGCAGCUGGGAAAACAGCAUAGCCCAAAUCACUGUGGAUCUGGUCCGAGGGCUCCGUGAUGACCGCCCCCAAGGAGAUGUGACACAGGUGCAUUUAGAGAGCAGCCUCUGGAGCCCUCAGACACUGCAAGGCAACACCUCCAAGACCUCUUCUCUCUCCUCCCCUCUUCCUCUCACGUUUUGUCCAGACAGGUCCUGCUCCUUAGGCAGGUGUGAUGGGGACAGUGUGCCCUGGGGGUGCGUUGGUGACCGUGGGGGUGGGGGAGGCGGAGGGGUGGAGGGUUGUGUGCUCUCUCAGGCUUGUGCAGCUCGGCUGUGUUCCUCAGUCGCCUGGCAGGUCUCUGCUGCCGAUAUUGUCUUCCAUCCUGUGCCCCGAAACGCGGGUGUUUCCAGAGCUCUCGCUACCUCUGUCUUCUGCCACACAUCUAGCGACGUGACGAACCACCUUUUCACAGAGGCAUGCAUCUUCUUGCAGUAGGAACAUGGCAAAGGGAACGCAUUCACCGAUCAGAGUUGGGCAGAUUCCCCUCACGCGUCAGAAGGCCGUGGCUGUGCCGGAAGGUGAGAGGAAGGUGGCUUGCACCUAUGACACCGUGAAAAGACAGGAAGAUUGAAGAGGCUCACCGUGCCCUCUUCUCAGACAUGACCUGUUCGUCAAAUAGAAGCCCACUCAGGAGGUGAGCGUUUGGUAAAACAGACUCUUUGCAGUGAGCCACUCAGUGAGCAAUUAUUGUCCACGUGUUCCUACGGAACUGUGUUUUCCGUCUGGACUUCUCAGCCCGCAUCCGCCGCACAUUUCGUGGAGCGUCAACAUCACCUGAACCUUCAGCAGUUUCUGCACCAUUUCAUCAUUAAAUGUUAAAUGAGAUCAGCAAGGGGAUUUUGUGCCCUGACAGGUGGACCUAGGAAGAAAAGCAUAUCUUCUAUCUUCUGACUAUAAAAUAAAUAACAAUGAUUAUUAUUAGAGUUACUUUGGAACCUUGUGCUUAAAAAAAUUUUUUAAAAAUAAAUGAAACAUCGCCCCUGAAUACAAUAAAAAAAUGUACAUAAGCACAUUUACCCAUAUGCAUAGUUUUAGGAUUAGUUCUUACUGUCCAGGAUUUAAUCCAUGACAUGCAAAUAGCAUCAGGGAAGCAUGGAAUGGCGAGCCUUCAUUUUAAACAAAUUUUGAACAAAUGUGCGAGAAGAACAGAUGUUUGAGUGCAUCGGUGACGUUGCUCUUUGAAAAUGUUGUCAUCAGCCGUCAGCCACGCAACGCAAAUGAGAAAUGCACAAAAAAUUCUAGAACUACCCGGGGCUGUUGAAACGCCCUUGGAGAGUCCCACCCAUUUGAGGUGUCACACGUGUGUCGCGUGUGACGUGUCCAUGGAGAGGUGUGAAUCAAACUGUGUGACCAUUAACAUAUGGAUUUAAUCAGACGGAGCUCUAAACGCAUGGGACAGUCAAUGUAAAUAAUUAGAAAAGAGUUCACUCAGUGGGUUCAUUCUGAAAUUUCCAUUUCUAUGAUCGUAUAUAAUCAGUGUGCGAAGUCUUGAAGCAAAUUCAUGGAAGGAAUCACAAAAUUCAGCUCAGGAAAAGUGAUAGAUUUGUUUUAUGCUAAUUUAUGACAUGGCAGUAUUCACUUAUGCAAAAGUACUGUUAACCCUCUUUAGGAUUUGGCAAUGACCCAAGAAGUAGUAUAUAGAGCUGGGUCUUGAGAUUUUCUUACUGGGACUGCACCUCACCUGCUUUCACUGGCCCCUGCGAGGCUAAAAAGGAAAUAAAAUCACAACGGACUACACAGCAUAGCCUACCUUUGGCCUGGCCGACUUCUAAUCCCUUCCCCGCAGAAGUGGGAGGCCUGCUCAGCAUAAAGUACCUGUUGCCCGAAAUGGGCACAGCUCGGUUGCGGCUGACAACGUGGCGGAACACGCAAACAGGGAAACAAAGUUCCAGCCACAAGAUACCGCGUGUCCACUUCCCGCCGUCGGUGCCCGGAACCCAUUGCACGAAGUGUUUAGGACGUCUCGUUGCAUUCUACACAUCUCAACGUACAGACCGCCUUGGCCCCGCUGGCAGCGUCACCUGCCGUGGUACACGUGUGCGUGGCGUGCAGAGCACUUCCCAUGUUCACGCUCAGCUGCGUUGCCUCCAGCUGUUGGACCGUCGGAAUAGGGACUGCGUGGCCAAUGCUGUUCCUUAAACAUCCCGACACUCCUCGCUGCACUUCUGUGUCUGACAAGUGAGUUCCACGUAAGGGGGUGCCGUCCACAUACUGCAAACAAAGGGAAGAGCACACGAACCGUUGUGUGAGGAAUGGGUUUGGACAGUGUGUUUAGCGUGUGUACGUUUGCGUGUGUGAGCUGGUGGAGGUGGCGUGGGUGGGCCUGUUUCCACCAAUCCAACGAUUUUCGUACCGAGCUGGCUUGGCAGACCCCGUGGGCUUGCCUCCCAAGGAACAAGUCCUUCCUAAACAGCAACAUGCCCUGUAACGGUUUUCUCUAAAUUACUGCCUUUUAAGUUGCUCCAUUUUGCUUUCAGGGGAUCUCUCACGGUGCGCACGUGUGUUAUUUAAGUAAAAGUCAUUACAUGUGUGUGGUAGUGCACGGGAUUUGAAGCCAUUCGACCCACAGGCAAGCUGUGCCUGUCCUUUGCGGCUUUCUGUUUUCUCGCACUGUGCCGUGGGCCACCUGGCUGGGUUGCCCGCGUGCUGGCGGGGCUAUGGGACUGCCAGAGGGGGCCGCAGACAAGAGAUGGAGUGCCUUCGUUCCGCGUGGCGCACCCCGGCGGCCCACCUCUGGGACCCCCACCAGGCUGGCCCAGCUUCUCAUGCCGGGGGCGCAGAGUAACCAUUUCUAACCCCAUCAGUUCCUUGCACAAUGAAAAUCACUGUGAUUUGUAUAUAUGCCCAAGGAAAAUUUUACUGCUGUCUAAUU